GCACAACUUCGAGACUUGUUCACACAACAUCCACCCUCGACAUACACCCGCUACAUACCCAGCACUGCGACGUGUCCGACUGAUAUCAUAUCUUGGCCUCCGACCUGUCUUGUAACGACUCCAUUACCUACAACGGCACGGCGCCCAUUCGGCUCUGGACAUUUGGUAGGAAAGUCGAGAGAUUGUGCUAGGCGGGCAGGCAGGAGGAGACUUGGUGUCCAUCUAGGAGCGUCGAGGGCGACGCGACUGAGGCGGAGGUCGAGAAGCGGGCACGAUGCUGUACGAAGAUCUCAGAUACGCGCAUGAAGACCUGGAGCGGUUAGAGCAGGCCAUCGCAGACAGGGUGCUGGAAGACCCAAAGCACAUUCGAAGCAGACUUGUACAACAACAUGAGAUUGCAAACUUUCUGUCGCGCAUUCAGAACCAGUCUGAGCGCGCAUUGCACAUCUACAACGACGAGCAGGACGCGCGGAUAACUGAGAUUCAAUCCAUAAGUACUGGAGACCCGUUUGAGGAGUUCUACAAGCAGCUUGACAACAUUAAGUCGUUCCACAAGCGAUACCCGAACGAGCCGGUAGAGAACCUCGAACGCGCAUACAAACGCAUCGAAGAUGGCGGCCCUAGCUUUGCUGGUGACAUUGACGGCAUGUUCACUGGCGAAGAGACGUUCGGACGCUACUUUGACCUCACCAUGCUGCACGAGGAAUAUCUUAACCUGCCUGGCGUGAAAGGGACGCGGAAACUGAACUACACGACCUACAUAGAGUACUUCGACAAAUUCUUGCCGCCGGAAUGUCCCAUUACCAGACAAGAGAAGAUGACAGACGAGUACUUCAGCUACGUGGGCAGCUUGGCGCAGUAUCUUGAAUCUUUCAUUCGACGGACGAGGCCACUCGAAGAUCUGGAUAAGCUGUUCAAGUCGUUCGACGAUGACUUCGAGCAGGAAUGGAAGGAGGACAAGGCACCUGGUUGGGAGACAUAUACCUCGCAAGCGAAUGGUGGCGCAGCAAACGGACCGCAAACCGAAGGGACCGGCGAAGGCGUGUGGUGCUCAGACUGCCAAAGGGAAUUCAAGAAUGACAAUGUGUACACCGCGCAUUUGACUGGCAAGAAGCACUUGAACAACGCAAAAACCCGGAAAGAGCGCGCCGCGAACGGCGACACAGAAAUGACCAACGGUACCAGCACCAUCGGCUUGCCGACCGGUCAACGCCUGAAAGAGCGCGCAAUAGCUGAGCGCGAGCAUCGCAUCCGCAAGCUUGCCUCAGCCAUGUCAGCCAUCCGCGAAGACACGCGCGUGAACGUGGAGCGUAGGGCGGGCAUGACGGACCGUGAGCGCCAGCAAGAGCUAGCUGCGCUCUACGCCGAAGACACCGCGAUGAUCCAAGGCACCAACCACGGUGACGACGAAGGCGAAGACGACGAAGAAAAGGUGUACAAUCCGCUCAAGCUCCCGCUCGCAUGGGACGGCAAACCCAUUCCCUUCUGGCUCUACAAACUCCACGGCCUCGGUGUCGAGUUCCCGUGCGAGAUCUGCGGCAAUUAUGUGUACAUGGGUCGUCGCGCGUUCGAGAAGCACUUCAGCGAGUCGAGACAUGUGUACGGGCUGAAGUGUCUAGGCGUCACGAAUACGGGAUUGUUUCGCGAGAUCACGGGCAUCGAGGAGGCGGAGAAAUUGUGGGAGAAGAUCCAGAGGGAUAAAAAAGCUGGGGAGGCGAAGAAGGGAGGCGAGGGAGUGGAGGAGAUGGAGGAUAGGGAGGGGAAUGUCAUGCCGAGGAAGGUUUACGAGGAUCUUAUGAAGGCUGGGUUAUUGUGAAGGCCUGUAUAAGCUUGACAGGAAGCGCGCCGGUGCAGUUCCGGCAAGCUUCGGGACGGCGACCGAGAGUUGAUAAUACUCGUGAGGCCGGGAUGGAACAGCAUCAUCCCACGUCGCUGUUUCGAUGCACCCACAGAUAUGUAUAACUCAAGGGUCAAUAUCAGUAACUUUCGUCGCCUGUGCUUCCCAAUCUAGACACCCGUUGACGCUCGCAUUCUUGCGAGAGUAGCGCACCUUAAACCUGAUGUUCAAGCCAAAUCACUGACAAAGUGCAGUGGACCGCAUCGUCAGAAGCAGAAGUCAAGCCUGCAUUAUGCAUUACUAUUCACAAGGCAGGUCCCGCAAAUCCUCCCGC